AUGGAAGAAUUGGUGAAGAGAAACAUAGUCAUUUCUGAAAGAGAUGUUACUACGUCAAGAUUUGAAACAUGUCAGUUGCAUGACAUGAUGAGAGAAGUUUGUCUUCUUAAAGCUGAAGAAGAGAAUUUCCUACAAAUUGUUCACGAAAAAUCAACUGCAAAAUCUAAAGCUCCUUGUAAAUCUCGCAGACUCGCUGUACAUCAAUGCGAUAAAACAUUCAAUGUGGAGAGGAAGAUGAACAAUCCAAAACUUAGAUCUCUCUUGUUUAUCAAUGAGAGAUGGAAGGAAGUUCGGAUGUGUUCAAGUUUAUUCUUUGAUAGGCUACAGUUGAUGAGAGUUUUAGAUCUCUCUAGAGCUGAUUUUAAGGGAGGGAAGUUGCCUUCUACCAUUGGAGGGCUCAUACACUUGAGAUAUUUGAGUUUAUAUAUGGCACAUGUAACUCAUCUACCUUCUUCAAUGCAGAAUUUGAAGCUGCUGCUCUAUUUAAACAUAGAUCUUCGUGUAAAAGCAGGAUCUUCAAUCUACAUGCCUAACUUCUUGAAAGAGAUGCAGGAAUUGACAUACGUGUAUCUUCCGCGGAUAUUACAUGAUGAGGUAAAGAUGGAAUUGGGUGAUCUAGUCAACCUAGAGAUAUUACAUAAUUUCUCAACAAAGAACGGGAGCGUGAGGGAUCUCCAGGGUAUGACACGGCUCAGAGAGCUCUCUAUCUUCUUAUACAGACACAAAGGGUUUGCAAUGGAAACUUUAUCUUCAUCUCUAAGUGAAUUGAGAGACUUGGAAAGUCUUCGUAUACAAGAUUACAGUCCCAGAAAGGAUAAAGAAGGGCUUGUUUUGGAUUCCAUUAAUCUCAAAGAGCUGGAUCUGAGUAUAUAUAUGCCAAGAUUAUCUGAUGAACAGCACAUCCCUUCUCAGCUUACUACUAUAAAUCUAAAGAAUUGUCGUUUGGAGGAGGAUCCGAUGCCGGUUCUAGAGAAGCUGCUUCACUUGAAAGAGAUUAAAUUAUGGGAACGAUCUUUUGUUGGGAGGAGAAUGGUUUGCUUAGGCGGUGGAUUUCCUCAACUGCAGAAACUAUACUUAUGUGGACUAGAUGAGUGGGAAGAGUGGAUAGUCGAAGAAGGCUCCAUGCAACUUCUUCAUACUCUAAAGAUUCAUCAAUGUGAAAAGUUAAAGGAGCUUCCUGAUGGGCUGAGAUUCAUCACUUCCUUAAAGAAUUUGAGUGUUCCUUUACAAAAUUAUCGCGAUUUUUCGCAAGGAGGAGAAGAUUAUCACAAAAUCCAACAAACCCCUCCGGUUACAUUACAUGUGUGCAAAGCUUCUCCAAGGUAA